AUGGUUAUCAUUCCAGUAUCUUCAACCCAGCCUUUGAAGACUGGAAGUGUUUUUAAACUAGGAGACAGUCCAGAACCUGCACUUAUUCUAGAGAGAGAAAAUGAAGCUAAUCAGCAAGGAGGACAAAAAGAAUUUAAAAGGGAAACAGGAAGCAACACCCAAGGAAAACCAGGGCCACUCAUUCUGCAAAGAGAACCAAGGUAUUCUAAUCAGCCAGGAAAACCAGAAAUUUUUAAACAGAAAGAGAGGCCAGGAGUCUUCAAUCAGCCUGGGAGUCUGCAAGGGAAUUCAGGACAAUCUAACCAAAAAGGGAAUCCAAAAGCUUCUAAUGAGCAAGGAAAACCAGGAUCUUUUAGCCAGCAAGGGAAGCCAGGGUCAUCUAGCCAGCAAGGAGAGCCAGGAUCAACUAGCCAGCAAGGAGAGCCAGGGUCAUCUAGCCAGCAAGGGAAGCCAGGGUCAUCUAGCCAGCCAGGGAAGCCAGGGUCAAAUAGCCAGCCAGGGAAGCCAGGGUCAUCUAGCCAGCCAGGGAAGCCAGGGUCAUCUAGCCAUCAAGGAGAGCCAGGGUCAACUAGCCAGCCAGGGAAGCCAGGGUCAUCUAUCCAGCCAGGGAAGCCAGGGUCAUCUAUCCAGCCAGGGAAGCCAGGGUCAUCUAUCCAGCCAGGGAAGCCAGGGUCAUCUAUCCAGCCAGGGAAGCCAGGGUCAUCUAGCCAGCAAGGAGAGCCAGGGUCUACUAGCCAGCAAGGGAGUCCCGGAUCAUCUAGCCAAAAAGGAAAGCCAAGAUUGUCUAGGCAACAGGGAAAAUCACAGUCUUUUUAUAAUCAAGAAGAAGGAAAAACUGGAGUCAACCCUUUGAAUGACAAUACAAUGGAGAUUCAGACUGGCCAUACUAGCAACAAGAACCCAACCGGAAAAACAAAAUGUCAGCCUAACUAUGAACCAGUCUGUGGUUCUGAUGGGAAAACUUAUGGCAACCACUGUGCAUUUAAUGAAGCAAAAAUGUAA